AUGGGGAGGAAACUGGAUCUAUCUGGUUUGACAGAUGAUGAAGCAGAGCAUGUUCUUCAGGUGGUCCAACGAGAUUUCAGCCUUCGCAAGAAAGAAGAAGAGAGGCUGAGUGAAAUGAAGCAGAAACUCGAUGAAGAGGGUAACAAGUGCAGCAUCCUUUCUAAGCAGCAGAAGUUUAAUGAGCACUGUUGCAUUCGCUGUUGCUCUCCUUUUACGUUUCUCAUCAAUAGCAAGCGGCAGUGCCAAGACUGCAAAUACAACAUCUGCAAGAACUGCAGCUCCUAUCAGAAGAAGGACAAGGCAUGGCUCUGCAAUGUCUGCCAGCAAGCUAGACUCCUAAGGACCCAGUCCCUGGAAUGGUAUUACAAUAAUGUGAAAAGUCGCUUCAAGCGUUUUGGUAGUGCCAAAGUCCUGAAGAAUUUAUACAGAAAACAUAGACUGGAGAGUGGUGCUUGUUCUGAAAUAAUAGAAGGAAGCUUUUUUGAAGGAAGCAUAGAAAAUGAAGGAAGCAUUUGUGGCAGUGACUCUACAUUCUACAGACAGACAGAAGGACAUAGUAUGAUGGACACCCUAGCUGUGGCCUUACGUGUGGCAGAAGAAGCAGUAGAAGAAGCCAUUUCCAAGGCAGAGACAUAUGGUGAAAGCCUGGACAAACAGAACGAGGCUUGUUAUUUACGGGAACAUAAGGAGGAACUGAUUGAAGAGCUUGCCACUACCAUAGUGCAGAAGAUUAUAAGAAAGCAAAAAAGUAAAGCUGAGCAGGCGGAGGCUGAUUUUAAUUGGCCACAGUCCAGAAGCAGCGAUCUGGCAUCUGUUGCUGUUUCAGAUCAGAGCAUGCUGACUUUUCCGGGCAGUCGCAGGGGAUCCUACACAUUAUGGAGGUCUCAGUCUGCAUUCUCACUGACUAGUGAAGAUACACCAAGCAAAGAUCUGGACCUAGCGUCAUCUAUGCCUGAGAUUCUUUGGAGGCAGCAGAAAGGCCUAGUCAGGAGACAGAGGGAACACAAACUGUCUGCGUUACCUAGCUGGAAAAGUGUGGACAGACUGAAUGAAACAAGUCCACCUCCUGUUUUACAAAGCACUGAUGGGAACUGGGUGGCUUUGCAGAGCAUUACGUUGCCUCGCCCUAGAAUGCUUGCCAAACCAAAGAGCCAAGUAUUCAAAGCUUUGGAGAAUGAAUCUAGUGUUGUGUCUGCUUAUGACGAGAUGGGCUCGGAUAGCGAGGACGACUACGACUGGAAUGUGGCCUUGAACAAGCUGCGUCGGAGGCCCAAGCAGUUGUCCGAGGAUUCUUAUUAUACCGAUUCCCAGUACAAUACUGAAUGGGCUUAUGGCAGUGAUCCGUACCAGCCAGUGACCUCACCUUCAUCUGGGCUAUACACCAAUACAGAGACGGUGUACUCUGAUUCAGAAACAUCUUCAGUAAAUUCCUCAAGGGAGGCUAGAGAAUCUAGCAAACUUCCCUGGCUACAAAGGAGAACUCAGAGUGACAAACCCAGAGUGGAAAAAGCACAUUUACAUGGAGAACUGGAUGUAAAUUUCAAUCCACAGGCUGACAGUUUAGAGUAUUCAGAUAGCAGUGAGACUGAGGAAGUCCAUUAUGAUUUAGAAAAGAGGUCUAGAAGGUGGAGAAAGAGCAAAAUUGUCUCAGAAGAAUUAAGUGGAGGAAAAAAUCACACAAAAACCCACAAGAAGAAUUUGAGCACAAAUCAGGUUUCUGAGGAUUUAUCAGAAGCUGAUAUAAGCAGUGAGGAUCAACACCAUAAAAUCAAGACAGACCUUGUUGAGGAAAAGCUUAAAUCCGAGUUAUUUGAACUAGCUGCUAAAAUGAGUGACAAGGAAACCUCUUCUGGUGAAGAGCAGGAGUCAGAGCCUAGAACAGAAUCGGAGACCCAGAAGGAAAGUUUGUCCUCAGAAGAAAAUGGCAAAAACAUUCAGGAGGAGUUGAAGAAGGAAAAACAAAAGGCUUUUGAUCUCCAUUUAAAACUGCAGGUUUUGUCCUCAGUACUACAGCAGAAGUACUCUGCUGUCUCUCUCUGCAACAUAUCUACAGAGGUCCUAAAAGUCAUCAAUGCCACAGAGGAACUGAUAGCAGAAUCCACCGGUCCCUGUGAUUUCCCAGCAGAUACUCAUGACAGAGGGAGAGGGGCAUUUCCAUUAGGUACAGACCCUAUCAGACUCGAUGGGCAGCUCACCACCUUGGAAGAAAAUGUGUAUCUGACAGCAGGCACUGUGUAUGGGUUAGAGGGUCAGCUGAAGGAAUUAGAGGAUGCAGCACGCAAAAUCAACAGUGUUACAGCAGAAUCGGAACUAGCUGAUCUGGAGGAUCAGGUAGCAACAGCAGCAGCACAGGUUCAUCAUGCAGAGCUUCAGAUUUCAGAUAUCGAGAGCAGAAUUUCAGCUCUCAGUGUUGCAGGCUUGAACGUGGCUCCAUGUGUUCACCUGACAAGAAAACGGGAUCAAAAGCAAAUGAACCAGAUGCAAACAAUAGACACAUCAAGACAGCAGAGGAGAAAGCUGCCAGCUCCACCGGUAAAAGGUGAAAAUAUUGAUGCUUCUCCAGUUACUACUGUUAGAACAUUUAACAGAAACUUUAUGCUCCAAGGAUCUCUAACACAAAGAACUAAAGAGAGAAAAAGCACUGCCAAGGACUUGAUGGAACCAACUAUAGGAUCUGCUGUAAUGUACUAG